AUGAACAAAGAGCGAGCGAGCAAACACAACAAGAGGAAAGCAAAAAAAACGUGUGGUCGUGUGGCUGUGUUUUUCCAUUUCAACAUUGCCGGCUUUAAAUGUGUGUAUUUAGUUGGAUUUCGGAAUCAUCGAGAUCGAGAAAAAAAAAAUAAAAUCGAUAAUUCCAUAAAUAUGAUUAGAUUUCUGCUACGUUUACCAUUAAAUCGUUAUGUAAUUACAGCAUCGGCUAUCGGUGUGAUAGGUUCAACAAUAUGUAUUGUUGCACUUAAAUAUACCCAAUAUUCUAUAUUAAAACGGCCAUUCUGUACGAUGGCCAUCGAACAAGUAAAUCGUAAUGAAGCAGCAUUAAGAUUAGUGGGUGAACCACUGAAAAUACAACCACCAAAUCUAGUGGAUAAACAACGUAAUCGUGUUGGUACGAAUCAUGCAGAUUUUUGGUUACCAUUUCAUGGAACCAAACGAAAUGGUGCAUUACAUAUCGAAGCAGAAUAUCGAAUAGAAAAUAAGACCAACAACAAUAACGAUGGUAAUGCUGAUUGUCAUGAUAAUGAUGGUUGGCAAUUGAAACGAUUAGAAAUGAAAUUAGAUGAUAUGCCAGAUAAAUUGUUAAUUGUAUAUAAACAAAAAAUGAACGAAUGAUCAAAUAGUAAUUUUCAAAUUUCAA